GCUUUCGUCGUCGGAGCCGUCGGAGCAAGUUCGUUGUUUAAUAAGCAGCCUCACAACAUUUUCAAAGAAUCCAAGUCUGUUCAUAUUAAAAUCGUGAUUCUGUCCAUGACCCAAAUUUGGUUAGAGUGUCACAGAUUGGUAGUAUGCAUGUUUUUAUUCAGACGCAGAGCGUUUUUGAGAAUGAAUAUUCAUGGCCUCCAAAGCAAUUUUUGCUCUCAUUCACCUCUGCUACCAGUGCAACCUCCAUCUCGAAUUGAAAGCCUUUUGAAUCGGUACUCUGAGCUUUUGUCACCGUCUGAGAAAGACAAUGUUUUGGGUAUGCGUGGAGAGGAGCUCAAGAAAAGAGCCUUGCUUGCCCGGGCAUUGGUUCGGACUACCAUCUCUAGAUAUACAAACCAUCGAGUAGAUCCAAGAUCCUUAAAGUUUAAAAAGAACAAUCAUGGGAAGCCUGAGGUAGAGUGGCAAAUUGCAGAUGACUGGCAGCCACCACCACUGCAUUUCAACAUCUCACACACGUCUACCUUGAUAGCUUGUGGAGUAACUGUGGAUUCACCAAUUGGUAUAGAUGUGGAAGAUAAGCAACGGAAGUUGAAGAACCAUAUCUUAGCUUUUGCUCGACGGUACUUUUCUUCUCAUGAAGUGGAACAUUUAACUUCUAUUUCGGACAUUGAAAUUCAGCGUCAACAGUUUAUAAAAUUAUGGACUCUCAAGGAGGCAUAUGUGAAAGCAUUGGGGAAGGGCUUCUCUUCUGCACCGUUUAAGACCUUUACCAUUCGAGUGAGGGAUGCAGCUAAGAGAGGCCUUCAUCUUUCUGGGGACAUAGAUUCUGAGAUAUCUGAAAUAAGUGUUGAGUCUCUUGGUCCCAUGAACCUCACAACCAAUUGGCAAUUUUCGCUUCUAGAGUUGGCUGGCUCUCAUUAUGCUGCCAUUUGCAUGGAAAAACAUAAAGCCGUUGGAGAGAAAGGAAAUGCUCCCAUGAAAUUGACAGUGCGGAGAACGAUUCCAUUUGUUGAAGAUGAAUGUGUUACAGGAACUGAUGCGGUUUUACCAAUAGGCGGAUUGAAUUGUUAGUAGUUUUUAUAAGUAAUUCUAUUAUUCAAUUGGAACUUAUGUCGGAAACUGAAAAUUCCAAUCAUGUCAUAUUUAACCCAUUGAAAGGCAAAAUUCUUUC